AUGGGCCUCUUCAGCAAGUCCCUGCGGCGCCGUCGCCAUCGAGCAGGUCCAGAAGUCGACCUUUUGAGCGCCGCUUUUGGUCUACCUUUUCAUCGCGGCAUGAAGCCUUCGUUCAACAAGAGUCCUGCUCGUAUGAAGAUUGUUUAUGCAUCUGAAACUGAUUCCAGCGACGAAUCCGAGUCUGAUGAACCAUACUCUUCAUCUUCUGAGGACGAACGCGGACGACAACCGCAUCGUGGCCGCAACCCCUCAAAAAGAGCUCCUACGCCUCACCGGAUUACUCCUGCGUCUCCCAGUUCUUCAAAGAAGAGCCCUGCACGAAAGAAACAACAUCGCCGACGUCACUCGGGAGGUUCAUCUCGAUCCAGCCCUCGGAAGUCGACUCGUUCUCGAACCUCUCGCUCAACUUCUCGUCGAUCAAACGUUAGCAACAUGACUACUCAUCCGUCUAUUCCCCCUGUACAAAGUUCUGCAACAAUUCCGCCUCGAAUUCCUGUUCAUUUGUCGAAACCGCCUUGUAAUAUUGUUCAGUCUAAAUCAUUGCCUAUUCCCACUUUGAACCACCCUUUUGGAGUUCCAGUAUGCCAGCCUGUGCCUCAUCAACAGGUGUACUACCACAGCCCGAUCAACUUCGGGCAACUACAGCCAAACCAUAUGGCUCGAGUUCAGACACCUCAGUUUAUCGACCCAGUCAUGCCUCCGCAUGUCGUGGCACAACCACCUCCUGGUCUGGCGACAGUCCCAGUGACUUCUACAGCCCCUAACAACAAUGUGAUCUCGUCAGAGAGAUGCAACACAAGCACCCCUGAGCCAGAGUCUCAAGCCACAGGGGCACCUAACCCCUGGGCUAAAGAUAUACAGCGACUGCAGAAACGUAUUGAUGCCAAGAUGGCUGAUCUAUCCUCGGAGCCUGACAGCAGAGUCCUGCGCCGCGACCUUCGCCGCCUCCAGGACCGACUCAACUCUAGCUUGAACAAAGCUAUUAAGCAUAGCAAGGUGCACGUUAAGAAGCCCUCGCUUGGGUCGGUUAGCAACUUUUCGCAGUCGACCCUCGGUAAGAACACUCCAGGCGGUAUUGAAACCACACCUGUUCAUGGUGCUGUCGUGCCCAUGAGCACAAUUGCGGACAAUCAGCAGCGACGAUACCAUGCCCAACAGGCCAAGAGUCCUCAACGUAUCCCACGCCACCAUGUCUGCUCAGGAUGUGGGAAUGUUCGCUCGCAGCAAUUCCAUAAACGAUGGCCCCUGGACAACACGAAGAAAUCUCCCAAGAUCAGCUACUGCGAGAGCUGUCGGGAAGACAUGUACAACCGAGGUAUUGUCCAGAAGUAUCACUUUUGCUUCAAUUGUGGAGGUGCGAGAUCCCUGGCAUUCCAUAGAGAGCAUCCGGUACUGCCAGGCGAGCCUAUCUUCGUCAACUAUUGUGGCUCAUGCACCGAAGAAUUUAAAGUCUAUGAGAGCCUUCCUGACACUUCUGUUAUCAACAUCGCCGCACAAAGAGUCGACGCAUAUAUGGAAGUGGCAACUCCCUCUGAUUCGGGAGAAGACUUAGAUUCUCUUAUUGUCAACCGCCAUCAGAACUGCAAGAACGACAAAGACAAGGUCCGCCGCGAAAAGCGACAUGAAGCCAAGCCUAAGCCUAAACAACGCGAUUCGAGCGUCGAGACACCCCGUGGAAGACGACGAGAGCCGCGUACUCCUAGAGUCCCCAUCGUUGCAUCCAAUGAUGACUUAGUGUCUCCUGAAUCGCCAUACUGUCCCUCGCGAAGCACUAGUUCUUCUGACCGUCGAGCAGAGCGGAAGUCGUCUGGGCAAUUCAGCUCAGACUCUAGUACUAACACGGAGGAAGUGAAGGUAAAUGGAAACUACCAGUCUCCUUACGUCGAGGAUUCCACGUCGAGCCAUCAUUCAAGGGUAGCUACCCCGACUCCCAGCCUUCGUUCCAAGAAGAGAGAUUUAAAGGUCGAGCCCAAAGCUCAUGAGUCCCGCAAAGAUUCACCAGCUGACUUCGUGCUCAAAUCUGCACUGGCGGGUGGUGAGCGAUCUUCUUCGGAUGGAUCUAGGAAAGCCCGAGCUGAGACAUCAGAGGGGUCGCCUACAGUUCGUGAGAAUUCUCUCGACUCUGAGCGUUCUGAUCCAAGUUCGUCCAAGUCCUCUGGCAGCAAGACUGUCAGAUUCAAGCAGUCUGUCGACAUACGUACAGCCUUGCCGCACGACGGGGAUGACUUCUCGGAGUCUGAAAGUCCUAGGUACCCUCGUGCCCCAGGGUCUCCUCUCAUCUCUCGCAAGAAGUCUGCACCUCACAAUACUCGGGAAACUAACGACAAAUAUUUGCACCCACACUACGGCCAACCCUCGAUGGCAGCGCCUGGUUUCCACCGUGAACACUUGCACGUGCCGGAUAGCUAUCCUGGGUCACCCUCAAUGGGAUUUUCUAAAGGGGCUUUUAGUAAAGACUUUGAUGGCAACGGGCAUUGGGAUACUUUCUCAAGCCCUGGAUACUCUUAUGCAGACCAGUAUUCGGAGAACUCUUUCCGUAGCUAUUACGGCACUGAUGAAGAAUUCGAGGCAUCGACACCUCGACCUUACAACUAUGAUCAUCACAGAGAAUCGAGCACCUCUCUCCCAUCACGUCUUUCUCCUGGAAGCAUGUUUUCUUCCUUUUUCAAGAAGGACAAGGCAUCCUCAGUUCCUCCAGACCAAGGGUCAGCUACCGAGACAGGCAGUGGUGUAGCUGCAAACAAUCCUUAUUACACACCCCGCAAGCGCAGUCAUCCAGAAACUUCUUACUGCGGUUCUCCUAUCAGAUCUGAGAAGUCGUUCAAGUGCGGCCACGAAUCGUCUUCAUCCACAGCGUCUGAUAAACUUAUCUGGAAGAAUGCCUUCAACCCUAUCCCAACCGUUGAAGAGCCAGGAACUAUCGGCGAUUCUUCCCCUGAAAGCCCUACAGACCUGCUUGAGUUUAAUGUUAUCAUCGAUUUUGCUUCUCCAGAUAGUGGUGAUGUUGAUCUGGAAUCAUUGGAGUCACACUCCAGCACGUCGGACAACUAG